AUGGCCGAGCAAAAGUCACAAGAGCACGAGCACAUCGAGAACCUCGUUAAGACCAAAUUGCCAGGCAGUCCCAUCUAUGCCUUCCUCCUCACACCCGUGAAGAUCACAAGUGCAACGAAAGGCCACGUGAUAGCUCGCCUGCCACUCUCCGCCAAUCACAUGAACAGCAUGCAAAGUCUGCAUGGCUCCACGUCUGCCGCCGUUGUAGACUGGAUGGGUGGCAUGGCCAUUGCCAGCGUUGACCUUCGCGAGAAGACUGGUGUCAGCGUAGAUAUCCACGUCACCUACCAAAGCGGUGCAAAAUUGGGCGAUGAGAUAGAGAUAGAAGGCAUAGUGGAAAAGCUAGGUGGAAGCUUGGCUUUCACGAAAGUCAACAUCUACAGAUUGGAGGAUGGCAGACGAGGCCGUGUCGUUGUGACCGGCACCCAUACGAAGUUCGUCAAGGGCUCGGAGCCUCAGAAAGCAGCAGUAUCCUCGGGGGUGAUGAGUGUUGCGUACAUUAAAGUACAAACAAUCCUGGCUUCUUUACGUCCGAUAUCGUCAUUCAAUGACUAUCGAACUCACUCUAUUCAGGAAGAUCAAAUGUCUACUACAUACCACGUAUUUGCAUUGCCUCCACAAUUCUGCUCCAGCUUCAAUCUCGAGUAG